AUGCUCAGGGAUAAGCAACCGGGUACAUUUGUUGUACGGGACAGUAACAGUUUUCCGGGUGCAUUUGGUUUAGCGCUAAAAGUUGCUACACCACCACCUGGUGUUCAUCCUGGUAAUUUAUUUUAA